AUUCAGCAGCUGCUGAUUGUGGAUGAUCCUAGGGCAGCUGAUGAGUACUGUGUCCACUACAGUCCCGACUGCGACACCCCCCACCGGGACCGCCCCCAAGCCCAGGAGCCCGAGGACGAGCACCCCACUGCCGAUAUGCUGUACAGUGAGUCCUAUGACUACAGUGAUGGGGGCGGCAUUGAGACGGCAGCUGCCCCCACAGGAGAGGCUUAUUCUGACCAUGAGGUGAACAAUGUCGAUAGCGAAUAUUAUACCGAGGGCGACAUUGACUACGGAACGACAGACAGCUACCCCCCCGGACAGAACGAGGUUGGAGGGGAGGAAAGAUAUUUCGGAGAAAAGGGCGAGAAGGGGGAACCGGCCGUCGUUGAGCCUGGAAUGCUCAUUGAAGGCCCCCCAGGACCAGCAGGCCCCGCAGGUCUUCCAGGCUCUCCUGGUCCACAGGGUCCUCCUGGCUCAGCUGGUGACUCUGGUGACAGGGGUCCCCCUGGGCGAGCUGGGCUCCCUGGAGCAGACGGUGUACCUGGGCCACCAGGAACCAUACUGAUGCUCCCGUUCCGCUUCGGAGGGGACAUCGAUAAGGGCCCAGCAGUGUCUGCCCAGGAGGCCCAGGCACAAGCCAUCCUGUCCCAAGCCAGGAUGGCCAUGAGGGGUCCCCCUGGUCCGAUGGGUCUCACAGGAAGAUCUGGGCCUGUGGGCCUACCGGGAGUGCCGGGCUUUAAAGGUGAAUCUGGAGAUCCGGGCAUGCAGGGUCCACGGGGAAUCCAAGGUCCACUGGGUCAAGUUGGCAAACCUGGGAAAAGGGGGCGCUCAGGAGCCGACGGGGCCAGAGGAAUGCCUGGAGAACUGGGGUCCAAGGGGGAGAGGGGCUUUGACGGGCUUCCGGGCCUCCCUGGGGAGAAGGGACACAGGGGUGAGACAGGCACUCAGGGUCCCCCCGGACCGUCUGGAGAGGACGGACAGAGGGGAGAAGAUGGCGAGAUCGGCCCCCGAGGUCCAGCGGGAGAAAGCGGUCCAAGAGGAUUGCUCGGUCCAAAAGGACCUUCCGGCCCUCCUGGACAGCCUGGUGUGGCUGGAGUGGAUGGUCCUCCUGGUCCCAAAGGGAAUAUGGGACCUCAAGGAGAGCCGGGUCCUCCAGGCCAGCAGGGGAUCGCCGGCACCCAGGGUCUCCCUGGGCCUCAGGGUCCCAUCGGACCACCGGGUGAGAAGGGACCUCUGGGCCGCUCGGGUUUGCCUGGCCUGCCUGGUUCUGAUGGACCCCCUGGUCACCCUGGGAAGGAAGGCCCCCCUGGAGAGAAAGGAGCGUUGGGCCAGCCUGGGCCCCAGGGCCCCAUCGGAUACCCCGGGCCACGCGGAGUGAAGGGAGCUGACGGUGUCCGCGGGCUCAAGGGCAGCAAGGGAGAGAAGGGUGAAGACGGCUUUCCUGGCUUUAAGGGUGACAUGGGCCUGAAGGGUGACAGGGGCGAAGCCGGCAUCCUCGGCUCCCGUGGUGAGGACGGACCUGAGGGCCCCAAAGGACGAUUGGGCCCCAACGGAGAGUCGGGUCCCAUUGGCCCUGCGGGAGAGAAGGGAAAACUGGGCGUCCCCGGAUUACCUGGAUUCCCAGGAAGACAGGGGCCCAAGGGUUCCAGCGGUUUCCCUGGAUUCCCGGGAGCCAACGGAGAGAAAGGAGGCCGGGGUGUGGCUGGCAAACCUGGUCCCGGUGGGCAAAGAGGUCCAACGGGUCCACGUGGUGCUCGAGGUGCCAGAGGCCCAACCGGAAAAUCAGGCCCAAAGGGCACCUCUGGCAACGACGGUCCACCAGGUCCUCUCGGUGAAAGAGGACCCCAAGGACCCCAGGGCCCUGUGGGAUUCCCGGGGCCAAAAGGCCCCUCUGGCCCCCCCGGGAAGGACGGGCUGCCUGGUCACCCCGGGCAGCGUGGAGAGACGGGCUUCCAAGGAAAGACCGGCCCACCGGGCCCGGGAGGUGUCGUUGGCCCGCAGGGACCCACCGGGGAGACGGGCCCCAACGGAGAGAGAGGACACCCAGGGCCUCCCGGCCCCCCAGGCGAGCAGGGCCUUCCUGGGGCCGGAGGGAAAGAGGGAGCCAAGGGAGACCCUGGUCCUCCUGGGACUUCUGGAAAGGAUGGCCCCCCUGGCCUCAGAGGAUUCCCUGGGGAGCGAGGCCUGCCUGGAGCACAGGGUCCACCUGGCUUGAAAGGAGGAGAGGGCCCCCAGGGGCCACCAGGGCCAGUCGGGUCUCCCGGAGAGAGAGGUGCUUCCGGUCCCGCAGGGCCCAUUGGACUUUCAGGUCGGACGGGACCCCAGGGACCCCCGGGCCCGGCUGGAGAGAAGGGCACCCCAGGCGAGAAAGGUCCACAAGGACCAGCCGGCCGGGACGGAAUUCAGGGCCCAGUCGGACUCCCCGGCCCCCCAGGACCUCAGGGCCCACCUGGAGAGGAUGGAGACAAAGGAGAAGUCGGAGAACCAGGGCAAAAGGGAAGCAAAGCGGACAAGGGUGAACAAGGUCCUCCUGGCCCAGCAGGUCUCCAGGGUCCUGUCGGUGCUCCUGGACCCGCUGGUGCCGAUGGAGAGCCUGGCCCCAGGGGCCAGCAGGGUAUGUUUGGACAGAAGGGAGAUGAGGGGCCCAGAGGUUUCCCGGGCCCCCCAGGGCCCAUCGGACUGCAGGGUCUUCCUGGACCUUCGGGUGAGAAGGGAGAGCACGGAGAUGUUGGACCAAUGGGGCCACCGGGACCGCCAGGCCCAAGAGGACCACAAGGACCCAGUGGAGCUGACGGCUCUCAAGGUCCCCCCGGAGGUGUGGGUGCGGUGGGAGCCGUGGGAGAGAAGGGCGAGCAAGGAGAAGCAGGUAACCCCGGACCCCCCGGAGAGGCCGGCAUUCCGGGCCCCAAAGGUGAGCGAGGGGAAAAGGGCGAGGCUGGCCCCCCUGGUGCUUCUGGGCCCCCCGGCACCAAGGGUCCCCCUGGAGAUGACGGCCCCAAGGGCAACCCAGGUCCUGUGGGAUUUCCCGGAGACCCCGGCCCCCCCGGUGAACCGGGCGUUGCUGGGAUCGAUGGUCUUUCUGGAGACAAGGGAGAGGAUGGUGAACCUGGUCAGCCUGGUCCUCCUGGUCCUUCUGGAGAAGCUGGACCACCUGGGUCACCGGGCAAGAGAGGGCCCCUGGGAGCUGCUGGUGCUGAGGGCCGACAGGGAGAGAAGGGUGCGAAGGGGGAACCUGGUGUAGAGGGUCCUCCAGGCAAAACCGGGCCUGUGGGCCCCCAGGGGCCCCCUGGAAAGCCUGGUCCUGAGGGCCUGCGUGGCAUCCCAGGGCCUGUGGGCGAGCAGGGACUUCCUGGAUCCCCGGGCCAGGACGGCCCCCCCGGACCCCUGGGGCCUCCCGGUCUGCCAGGACUGAAGGGCGAUUGGGGCUCUAAAGGUGAAAAGGGUCACCCCGGUCUCAUAGGCCUGAUUGGUCCGCCUGGAGAGCAGGGCGAGAAGGGAGACCGGGGGCAGCCGGGACCACAGGGCACCCCCGGUAACAAGGGCGACUUCGGUGUCACCGGAGCCUCCGGUCCAGUCGGACCCCCCGGACCCCCCGGUCUGCCUGGUCCUCAUGGUCCCAAGGGUGCCAAGGGCUCCUCGGGGCCUGUUGGACAGAAAGGGGAUUCCGGCAUGAUUGGGCCACCUGGUCCCCCUGGUCCUCCUGGUGAAAUCAUCCAACCCCUGCCCAUCCAGUCCCCGAAGAAGACAAGACGGUCACCGGACACUCAGGCAGACGAGGCCGAGAGCAUGAUGGACUACAGCGAGGGCAUGCAGGACAUCUUUACGUCACUGAACAACCUCAAGCAGGACAUCGAGCGCAUGAAAUACCCAAUGGGCACGCAGGGGAACCCAGCCAGAACCUGCAAGGACCUGCAGCUCUGCCACCCCGACUUCCCUGACGGGGAGUACUGGAUCGACCCAAAUCAGGGCUGUGCAGGAGAUUCCUUCAAAGUGUUCUGCAACUUCACGGCUGGUGGUGAGACCUGCAUCUACCCAGAUAAGAGAUCCUCAGGCGUCAGAAUAUCUUCGUGGCCAAAAGAAGUUCCAGGGUCCUGGUUCAGUGAAUUUAAACGUGGUAAAUUGCUGUCAUAUGAGGAUGUUGAGGGCAACCCAAUAAACAUGGUCCAGAUGACGUUCCUGAAGCUCCUGACGGCUUCAGCCAAGCAGAACUUCACCUACCACUGCCACCAGUCAGUGGCCUGGCACGACGCCACGUCGGACAGCUACGACAAAGCACUGAGGUUCCUGGGGUCAAAUGACGAGGAGAUAUCCUACGACAACAGUCCCUACAUCAGUGUGCUCGCAGACGGCUGUGCGGCGAGGAGCGGCUAUGGGAAAACGGUCCUGGAGAUCAACACCCCCAAAAUCGACCAGGUGCCCAUCGUCGAUGUGCUGCUCAGUGACUUUGGGGAUCCGAGCCAGAAGUUUGGGUUCGAGGUUGGUCCAGUCUGCUUCCUCGGGUGAAGCCAGAGGGAGGGACAGACCAGCGGGCAGGCAACCCGGCCCCCGCCCACCACCGUGCCACAUGCAAGUUCUGAAUGGGACCCGUGCAGCGAACACGCCCUCGCCGUACGCGUUACCUAGGAAACAGCCGUCGCCCUUGUAGGGCCCCAGUCACAUGACUUAACCCUUGUACGGAUAAAUGUGAAGGACAUUUAAUUCUGUGGCGGAGAGCAGAGAGAAGGUGCAACACAGACCGCCCCCUAGUGGAUUCCCACGGUGCUGCAAGAAAGCAGGAGCUGCGGAGGUGCUUUCAUCGAUCCAGGUGCUAAAUGGUGUGUUUCCAUACGUGUAAUUAUUAUUAUUUUGUACAAUAUGGUUACUUCUGAAUCCACUUUCAAAACUUGCAUGUGUUUCAAAACUGCAAUUGGGCCUUAAAUGUUGGUAUCAGAAAAAAUUAAAUAAACCCAUGUUGCCAGCAAACACGACGUACCUCUUUAAUGAAGCUGAUUAAUUAAACAAGGGCUCAGACAGCCCACGGUUUCCGAUUUCCAUCUCCGUCUCCAUUGUAUAUAUUCUCUGUGCAAAGCCAUUAGAUUGUCGGGCUAAUUGAACUGGGCGGUUUCCACCAGCGCACAAAAAUAUCUUUCCACUGACUUUGCAUUAUUCUUUGUUUUAAGCAAUCAUGGCAAUAAUAUUUAAUUUUAAUUGAUUUGGUUUUUUUUUUAUUUCUGGUCAUAUACCUCAAAAUUUCUAGAUAAUUCUUAAGGAUGCCCUGUAUAUACAAUGGAUCAACGAUUAUAUGUGUUUUGGGUGGGGAAUUUCAAAGUCACUAAUAUCUUAGGCAUAUUUUGUUCAAAUUGCUUUGUGAAUGCAAUGGUACGGCCUUUUAGAUCAGCCUGUUUUGUAACUAAAAUGAGAAUGUUUUCUUGUGCUGUUUAUGGUUCAUUUCAAAUAUUAAAAUGGAUUCUAAACAAAAAUGAACUGGGUGUUAACAUUGUUUCCUUGUUAUUUACAGUAUUUUUUAACUGAGCACUUUGUUUUAA